UUACCACAUAUUGGGUAUGCACUCGUGUAGUUUAGUUUGCGUUCUGCCAACAACAGUAAAACUCAAACCAGACAACGGGAAGAAUUUACUGCCGCAAGUAUUUCAUCGAGUGUUAAAGAUAAAUAAGUAGAGUCACUCGAAACCGACAAUUUCGAAGCAGACUAUCUCCUGCGCAUAAAAGACUGAGUUAACGUCUGAUACGUUUCAAACCUCACCCGGCAGUGGAGCAGUCACUAAGAUGAAGACGAUUUUAAGUUUAUUUUUUGUUUUAAUCAUCGCUAGGGCCGAAUUUGACAAUGAAAUAGAUUGCAAAAUUUCGACGGUUUAUGCAAAAAACCAAUCGAAACCGCUGAUCCUUACUUAUACGUCAAAUCCAACGUUCGUUUUACCCGAUGAAAACAGAUUCGUGAGAGUCACGAGAAAUACGUCGAUUUUAUUGGCGUGUCCAGGCAGCGGCUUCGUCAAUUUCAAGAGCCAAAAUCUAGUGAAAGCAACAUGCGUCAGCGGGGGAAAGUUUUUGAUCGACUCGAAAGUACAGGAGAUAGAUGGCGUAAAUUGUUCGAAGCCGAUAAAAGAAGUCGUGAAGAAAAAUAAUGCGGGCUGCCUGAACGGACGGGCAGCUCGUUACGACAUCGGUUUUUCAUUGAACCAGAGUUACUUUUUGCCUCUGAUGGAAAUCUGCCGUAACGACUCGUCUUACGAAACUUUUUACACCCACGGCAGUAUAGUGAAGGAAAUCCGCAGCUACCAGGAGAAGGUCGCGCGACCCUUUUGGAAGGCCGGCGCGCACUACCGGGGCUUCAAUGUGAACGCGGCCUACAAAGUUCAGUCGGAGGUCGUCUCGUUCGCGCAGCUGCUCGGCUCGAAGGAGCUGGCCGAUCGGUACGUGAAGCCGAAAACGAACUUCUACCUGAAUCGCGGACAUCUCAUGGCCAAGGCGGACUUUGUUUACGCGGCCCAGCAGGUGGCGACCUUCUGGCUGCUCAACACGGCGCCGCAGUGGGCCUCGGUCAACGCCGGCAACUGGCUGUCCGUCGAGAUGGCGGUUCGCGAGUACUCCUCGAGGAAUGGCCUGGAUCUCGACGUGUACACGGGGGUGCACGGACAGAUGAGUCUGGAGGACGUCAACGGCGAGCAGCAACCCGUCUAUCUGCACACGAACGGCUCGCGGAGGAUCAUGGCGGUGCCUCGCUUCUUUUGGAAGGUCGUGCACGAUCGGGCUGGCAACAGGGCCACGGCCUUCGUGAGCGUCAACGAUCCGUACCUGAGCAACGCGACCGAGACCGGGGCGUACCUGUGCGGCGACCGGAGCAGCGAGUCGUUCUCGUGGCUCGGCUGGCGAGCCGACAACGUCACGGCGGGCCUCUCCUACGUUUGCUCGGUGCCGGAACUUCGCGAGAAGGUGCCAACUAUUCCCGACUUGGGCGAUAUUGGCUUGUUAGUUUAAGUUGCCUCGGUUUGCCGAGGAGCCGAGACAUUCUUCGAGCGUCGGUACCCACGCGUACAAUAGAAGUUAAUUACUGUGCGUCUGGCGUCUUCUCUUGUGUGUAUACGGCACGAGUAUACGUCGUUCGACGCUAUUUCUAUGUACUCGAAUAAGCUUCAUAGUUUUUAUCUCCACUUAGCAACGAUUAGUUUAUUUUAAAAUUACAGCACUUGUAUUAUAGUUUUAAGGAUGAAAUAUAUGAACGUUGAAGUUUCGUUUUUUUUGUAAA